AUGGCCACACUAUCAGAAGGAGAUGGGAUGCUGCGAUGCACUCUGAACUAUCGAUUAAUGCACCCACUAACGCUUUUUCAGUCGAUUGACCUUCACUGUAAACGCAAAACGUAUCUAAAAAUGAAUCUCAAAGUGUUUUUGCUACUCAACCUGAUAGUGAUUGCUACUGGAAAAAAACAUAAGACCAAUGCAUAUAAAUAUCUCCAAGAACUGCUUUUGAACCAUUACAAAAAUGUGGAUUCUGUAAUACACGAUAAAUUCAGGGAAAGUUGCCCAAUUUGGUCAAAAGAUCGAAAUUUAGACGGAAAUGAAGAGAAAAUGGAUUUGAACAGAUUUUUUAGCUCGUCACACCAAAUUCCUUUGCGGUAUAAAUCUAGUCCACAAGCUGACGAUGCUCAGAAGACUGAUGAAAAGCAAAAAUAUAAGAAUACAGCUAAAAUGAUUGUUCAAGGGUUGCUUGACAAAUGCAAGGGAGCAUUUAUAAAUAUGAAGAAAUAUAGUGCUGUGUUUGAUGAUGAUCCUACAGGGACAAUAGAUUUUUUCGAUCCGCAAGAAAUAAUUAAAUGUAUACAAGUUGUU